AUGGCCUUCAGGCUGGACAACGAGCUGAUGCAGGACUCCCUGCUCCACGUUCGACGACAUGGACAUGGCGAUGUUGAAGACAACAUUCUCCACUUCAGCUGCACGGAUGCUUUGGACGAACCACUCGGCGCCCUGUGGCUGUCCAGCUACACUCCGCCGUUGAAGAGGGGACGGCAUGCCCGUAGCUUCCGGGGCAUUGCUUUACCCAAGCCACAGACAGGUGCCGUGCGCCUGGCAUUUUGGCGCAGCUCCUUUGCGAUUGCUCCGGUCUGGAGUGGCGUUGCCGCCACUGCACCCAGUGCCGUCAGGGUCACCUACGCAGUUGCCAGACGACCAUCAUCCGCUGCCUCAAUAUUCCCAAGCAGAAUGUACCGUGAGGUUUCCAACAGGCUCGCCAAGUUCAAGGAUUACCUGCACAUUCGGGAAAAGAGCGCGGGCACAGUCGUGGACUGUGACGUAUACAAUCACAUCGAGAGGCACCUCCUGGAGUGUGCGCCUCACGCCUCCCGCAAUGACGAAGUUUCCUUCGAGGACGGCUCGUGUCCUAGCAAUUGGUCUGUCUCUGGAUUGGCACGGCGUAUGAGGUUAUUGAAAAAAGUGGGAGACUUGCUGGACACAGCCGAUGAAAAAACUACAGAGGCGAAUCUGGAUACAUUGACGAGGCACGUGGGAGAUGCCUUCGGCGGCAACUCCAACGAGGCAAGUGGAAUCAAGCUGGACUUGGGCAUCGUCGAGGGCCUGGCCGACCUCAAAAACCAGAUCGGCACCGACUUGAAGGGCCUGGGGGUGCAGUGCGACAGAGGCAGUGAGUCGGACGCUGGCGUGAGGUUGGCAGCCUUGAAGGAGCGAGUCGAGGAGUUGCACGCCAAGGAGGCCGAGAGAGCAGAGCAACGCAGUCGACUGCAGACACAGCUGCUCGAGGUAGAGUCUGCCAUCAACGAGAAGAGCUGCGUAGCGGAGGCGUCCACCACGCGACAACCUGUGCAGGAUUCCCGGUUGGAGGAGCUGCGACGUGAAUUUCACGAGCGUGAGGCGCAGGCUUUGCAGCGAGCGGGGUCUCUUGCGGCGACCACCACGCAGAUCGCAGCCAACAAUGAUCACCUGUCACAGCAGCUCGACUUCUGGAAAGAGAAGGCGAGAUGUCGCAAAAUCAGCGAGCAGUCGAGCAUAGCGGAGAGAAAGGCUGGCCAGCUCUUGGCUUCUCUUGGCUUGGAGACUGUGCCGGAGGAAGUGGAGCACGCUGCUCAGCUGGAAGAAGGCCGUGAACAGAGUGAAGCAGCUGACCAGGUGAAAUCAACCCCGGCAGCUAGCACGCCAGAUGCUGGCGUUGUGAAGGAGCAUGCGGAUGAGCAAUGCGCAGUGCAGGACUUGGAAGCCAUGCUGGCAGAGUUGAUGCGGAGAUCUGAAGAGAUAAUGGGCCGCGUUGAGCAGCAGCGGCACCAAGAACGGGCUUUGCCGGAUUUGCUUUUGCAGCUCGGCAACGCACAGGACAGCCCCACGACAGACACGGCAGCCAAGGAAGCCAAUGCAGUUUCGGAGUUCCAGACCCAGCUGGAGACGCUGCGACAGACAAAGGCGGAGUUGCUCUUGAAGAUCGCGGUGGGCGCAAUUUGGUGCAAUCCCCUGUCUUUGGAGCAAGAGGUGAGUGCGAAAGCGGCUGCCGCACCGGCUAGGAUGGAUGAAGUCAUGCAGCUGCGAGCUGAGGUGGAGACUCUGCGUGCAUGCCUUGAGUCCAGUACAAAAGAGCGCUGGAGGCUUGAGGCGCAGCUGGGAAAGCAUCGCGCGGCGGCGGCGGCCGACCUGGAGCGAGCAGUACCGUCGUCGACCACAACAUGCUGGACCUGGCUGGAUGUUCCACUCAUGAGGCUCGUAACGCUGCUGGUGAAGUCGACGUGCUUGCGAAGAUCCUUUGCGUUGCACUUGUUGGCCACGUUUCGUUGGAAGGCACCUCUCUCGGCUCAAGGCACAGGGGGGUGCGCAACUGUGCACACAUCAUGGCAAGGCUUCGCACUCAUCAUCCCAGAAGUGGUGCUGUGA